CCGCCAAGGCUCAGUGCGCGGCGGCGGCGGCGGCGGCGGCGGAGGCGGCGGAGGGGGCGCGGGCAGCCGGUGCUCCGCGGUCCUGCUCCACCCGCCGCACCGGAGAGCUGACGACUGGAGGAAGGGGUGCAGGCGCUGGGCCGGCGGAUAACGAGCCGGCGUAAGAGCCGCACGCAGCGAGUUGGGCGCCGGUGGCCGCCAGGCUGCCGAGCUGCGCUCUCCUCCCGCCGGUGCCAGAGCCGGGCCAUGGGGGGCAGCAUGCCAGUGUGUGCCGCCUGAGGACGCCGUGACCCCGGCCCCGCUAUGGGAGCCCCGACUUGCGCCGUCGCGUUCUGCGUGGCAGUGGCUGUCGUGACCGGCGUCGCCUCGGGGCCCCAGGGCACGGAGCAGCGCGCGGUGCGGAGAGCGGCAGAGGCCCCAGGACCUGAGCCUAGCCGGCAGGAGCAGCUGGUCUUUGGCAGCGGGGACACCGUGGAGCUGAGCUGCCCCUCGCCUGUGGGUGGUCCCAUGGGGCCCACCAUCUGGGCCAAGGAUGGUGUGGGGCUGUUGCCCUCGGACCGGAUCCUGGUGGGGCCCCAGCAUCUGCGGGUGCUGAAUGCCUCCCACGAGGACGCUGGGUCCUACAGCUGCCGACAGCGGCUCACCCAGCAAGCUCUGUGCUACUUCAGUGUGCGUGUGGCAGAUGCUCCAUCCUCUGGUGACGACGAAGAUGGGGAGGAUGAGGCUGAAGACACAGCAGGGGCCCCUUACUGGACACGGCCUGAGCGGAUGGACAAGAAGCUUCUGGCUGUACCAGCCGCCAACACUGUCCGUUUCCGCUGCCCGGCCGCCGGCAACCCCACUCCUUCCAUCUCCUGGCUGAAGAAUGGCAAGGAGUUCAGAGGCGAGCAUCGCAUCGGGGGCAUCAAGCUGCGCCACCAGCAAUGGAGCCUGGUCAUGGAGAGUGUGGUGCCCUCCGACCGCGGCAACUACACAUGUGUGGUGCAGAACAAGUUCGGCAGCAUCCGGCAGACAUACACCCUGGAUGUGCUGGAGCGCUCCCCGCACCGGCCCAUCCUGCAGGCGGGGCUGCCGGCCAACCAGACGGCAGUGCUGGGCAGUGACGUGGAGUUCCACUGCAAGGUGUACAGCGACGCGCAGCCCCACAUUCAGUGGCUGAAGCAUGUGGAGGUGAACGGCAGCAGAGUAGGGCCGGAUGGCACACCCUACGUCACUGUGCUCAAGUCCUGGAUCAGUGAGAGUGUGGAGGCCGACGCGCGCCUCCGCCUGGCCAAUGUGUCCGAGCGCGACGGGGGCGAGUACCUCUGUCGAGCCUCCAAUUUCAUAGGCGUGGCUGAGAAGGCCUUUUGGCUGCGUGUUCACGGGCCCCAAGCAGCAGAGGAGGAGCUGGCGGAGGCCGGCGAGGCCGGCGGCGUGUACGCAGGCGUCCUGAGCUACGGGGUGGGCUUCCUGCUCUUCGUCCUGGUAGUGGUGGCGGUGACGCUCUGCCGCCUGCGCAGCCCCCCGAAGAAGGGCCUAGGCUCGCCCACCGUGCACAAGGUCUCCCGCUUCCCGCUCAAGCGGCAGCAGGUGUCCCUGGAGUCCGACUCGUCUAUGAACUCCACCACGCCACUGGUGCGAAUUGCCCGGCUGUCCUCAGGGGAGGGCCCAGUGCUGGCCAACGUGUCAGAGCUUGAGCUGCCUGCUGACCCCAAGUGGGAGCUGUCCCGAGCCCGGCUGACCCUGGGCAAGCCUCUGGGGGAGGGCUGCUUCGGCCAGGUGGUUAUGGCAGAGGCUAUUGGCAUCGACAAGGACCGGGCCGCCAAGCCCAUCACCGUGGCCGUGAAAAUGCUGAAAGACGAUGCCACAGACAAGGACCUCUCAGACCUGGUGUCGGAGAUGGAGAUGAUGAAGAUGAUCGGCAAACACAAGAACAUCAUCAACCUGCUGGGGGCCUGCACACAGGGUGGGCCCCUGUACGUGCUGGUGGAGUAUGCCGCCAAGGGCAACCUGAGGGAGUACCUGAGGGCGCGGCGGCCACCUGGCAUGGACUACUCUUUCGACACCUGCAAGCUGCCUGAGGAGCAGCUCACCUUCAAGGACCUGGUGUCCUGCGCCUACCAGGUGGCACGGGGCAUGGAGUACCUCUCCUCGCAGAAGUGCAUUCACAGGGACUUGGCAGCCCGCAAUGUGCUAGUGACCGAGGACAAUGUGAUGAAGAUCGCGGACUUUGGUCUGGCCCGUGAUGUGCACAACCUGGACUACUAUAAGAAGACCACAAAUGGCCGGCUGCCUGUGAAGUGGAUGGCACCCGAGGCCUUGUUUGACCGUGUCUACACCCACCAGAGUGAUGUCUGGUCCUUUGGGGUCCUGCUCUGGGAGAUCUUCACUCUGGGGGGCUCGCCGUACCCUGGAGUCCCUGUGGAGGAGCUCUUCAAGCUGCUGAAGGAGGGCCACCGCAUGGACAAGCCGGCCAACUGCACGCACGACCUGUACAUGAUCAUGAGAGAGUGCUGGCAUGCAGUGCCCUCGCAGAGACCCACCUUCAAGCAGCUGGUGGAGGACCUGGACCGCAUUCUCACCAUGACCUCCACUGACGAGUACCUGGACCUGUCAGUGCCCUUUGAGCAGUACUCACCAGGUGGCCAGGACACCCCCAGCUCCAGCUCCUCAGGGGACGACUCCGUGUUCGCCCAUGACCUGCUGCCCCCAGCCCCACCCAGCGGCGGGGGCCUGCGGACGUGAAGGGCCUCUGGCCUGCAGGCUGAGCCCAGUGAUGUGAGGGCGGAGCCCAACCACUGUGCUGCUGCUGCUGUGCGGCCGCCCAUGCGCCCGUCAGCCCAGGCACGAGACCUGGUGUGGAUGGAUGGAAGGACAGCGCGCGCGCGUCUGUGUGUGUGUGUGUGUGCGCGCAGGCCUCGAGCCCCCUGGGUGCCCACCCUGCUAUAUAGUGACCUCCUGGCCACCUGUGCUGGCAGCACCAGGGGCACUGAGUGUAGAAUGUAAGGGGGCUGCUCGCAGGGCACCCCCUCCCCAGGCUCCCUUGCUCCCCCCUGCCCCCAACAGGGACUUUGGGGGUGGUGGCCAGACUCCAGAGUUCAGGACAGGCCAAGGCCCCUCCAAGUGCCCAAACUGAGCCUGCAGGGAAUCCCCCCUGUGGCACAACUCCCACCCGAGUGGCCCCUUGCACCUGUGUUAGCACACAGCCCUCACUCCCCAGCCUCCCCACUUCCCACCCUGCCCCUCGGAGACUGAAAUUACGGGUACCUGAAGGCAGGAGCCUUUAACUUCUCUCUGAAAGGUUUAUUCCAGAAAUGUGUGUACAUUUAUAUAAAUAGAUGCUGUGUGUAUGAUAUUACACAUACAUAUAUUUAAAAAGUCUAUAUGGAGGAAGAAAGGCCGGUACAGCUGAGGCCGUGGGACCCUGGCGAUGUGGGGGCCCUGGUGGGGGGCCCUGGGGGACUUGCUGUUGAGACAAAUGCAGAUACCAGCGGAGGAUGGAGGGGCUUUCCCAGCACCACAGUUUUGUUUUAAAAAUUGUACCUGGACUUGUAUAUUUGUAAAGCUAUUUAUCGACCCUAGAACCCCUGUCUCCAUCCCUGGGCCUCAGGACUCAGUGUUCAGCAGCUGCAUGGCAGAGAGGGUCCCACUUGGUUUAGGGGAAUGGUUGAGGGUGUGCCCAGCCCACACCCAAAGGCCAGAACCAGCCUCCUUGUACCCCAAAGGACCAUAAAUAGUUGGAGGUUGUCCCAGGGAGGGUAUUUUAUCAUCUUUGCAGGAGAUUUAGAUUUCUAUAGGAUUUUUCUUUAGGAGACUUAUUUUUUGGACUUCACGCAAGCUGACAUUUCCAUGAAGUUACAAUUGCCAUGUGUUCCACGAGGGAAGACAGUUUCCAGCAGGGGCCAGCCCUGCAUGCAGGUUCCCAAGUUACUAGAUGUUACAAGUUUAUAUAUAUAUAUAUAUAUAUAUAUAUAUAUAAAACUUAUUGAGUUUUUACAAGAUGUGUUUGCUGUAGAUUUAACACUUAUGCAAUGCUUCUAGACUUCAAUAGCCCAGACUGCUACCUUUCAAAGCUUCAGAGAGAAAGCCGUGAAUUCAGUUUUGUUACAUACUGUUACUACCCCGAUUUCGGGUGGCUGGUCUCUGCUCAUCAGCUGGCCCACGGGGCAGUGGCUCAGGGCACUCUGUUCUAGGGUCCCCAGCCUUUCGGGAGCCAAAGGUGUCAGCCCAAAUGGCAGAUGUGCUUUCCAAAAAAUAAAACAGAUGACUGGUUCA